AUGAGUUUUCAAACAGCAACGCAUUCUCAGUACAACAGCAACACGCCCACGGUUGGCGUCGGUAUGUGGACCGAAGAAGAGCAUGCGCGCUUCCUUGAAGGUGUCAAGCUCUUUUCAGAUGGACCAUGGAAACGCGUAGCUGCCUACGUUGGUACGCGCAACGUGCGCCAAACCAUGACACAUGCGCAGAAAUACCGUCUCAAAGCUGCUCGACGACUCCGUGAGGCGCAACGCAAACAGGCGGCGGCCCGACAUGGUUUACAAAACACAUGUCGAAGUAUUGCGGUUACUGUCGACUCUCCGCAUGCACGACGAUCACUGCAAUGCCCAUCUGGUGGUGGACUUGGACUAGGGUCGUGCUCGAAGAUGCGUUUACCUUGCUUGUGCAUUGAGAAGGAUUGUCCGCACGUGGACGACUCCAGUAAAAUCUACAUGUCUAUCGCGGAUGCGAUUGAAAUCCUCGACUCCAAGACGUCUUCAUAUGCUGACUCACCGGUCUCUACAGAUGACAAUCUUGAUAACACGUGGCUAGAUGCCAGUAAGUACCUCAGUUUCGGCAUGCUCGGAAAUGAUGAUCUCGUUCCAUUGGACACUGCAGCUGGUGAUUCGCGUGAAUUCCCAACGCUUGAAGAUUGCGCUAGUGAACUACUAGAGUUGCUCUUUUAA